UUAUCAAUAUUGUUAUUGUCCCCUGUUUGCCCGCUCGAAACUGUCAAUACUCGCACCAAUUCUCGUCUCGAUACGAUCCACUUCUAGCCCUCCAUGGCCGCACCUCGCAACCAACUGGCUGCGGCUUCAUGGCGAGCGCUUGCUAAAUUUUCAGAUCAAUCUUGCCCUCGACUUCGAACCCAACCCCAUAUCGCAAUGACCUCAUGCUCGCGAUCGAAACUUUACUCCACCUCACCUGAUACAUCUCGAUUCUCUUACCAUGUCGCAUCCUCCUUUAUUGCCAAGGAUAGACCAUAUGAUCCUUCUAGCCACGUCUUCCACUUUAACCCAUACAAUCGAAUUCAGCCUCCAAGAAACCGACGACCUUCUGCCCGUCCCGAGUCUGGUCACGAUGCCUUCUUUGUCAGCCGGGUUAACGAUUCCGGUUCAGUAGCCUUUGGCGUUGCUGAUGGCGUCGGAGGCUGGGUAGACUCCGGUGUUGACCCCGCUGACUUUUCCCACGGAUUCUGCGACUACAUGGCGCUAGCUGCUCACGAACACCAAACCAGCUCGGAGCCCCCCUUGACGGCUAGACAAUUGAUGCAGAAGGGAUAUGAAGCAAUCUGCAACGAUCGCAGCCUUCGCGCUGGCGGAAGCACAGCAUGUGUAGCCAUUGCAGGAGCGGACGGAAAUUUAGAGGUUGCGAACCUUGGCGAUUCCGGCUUCCUGCAACUACGAUUAAACGGUGUUCACACAUACUCGGAACCUCAGACUCAUGCCUUCAACACUCCGUUCCAACUGUCGCUUGUACCUCCCAGUGUUGCUGCUCGCAUGGCGGCUUUCGGCGGCGCCCAACUUAGCGACCUGCCCCGCGACGCUGACGUGACCCAACACGCACUCCGUCAUGGCGAUAUAAUUGUCCUCGCAACCGACGGUGUUUUGGACAACCUAUUUAACCAAGAUAUACUACGAAUCGCCAGUCGAGUCUUGGUUUCUUCAGGGGCUUGGGUAAUGACUGAAGCUGGUGGUGUUCGCAUGGCAGAGUCUUUGGAACCCCUGGUCGAGCUACCCGACAACUCUGAGGGCAAGCGAACAGUAACACUUCAGAGCGCACUUGCUACCGAACUCGUAACAGCAGCCAAGCGCGCCAGUGUUAACACCAAAGUCGACGGCCCAUUUGCCAAGGAAGUUCACAAAUAUUAUCCCCAUGAGAACUGGCACGGAGGCAAAGUCGACGAUAUUUGUGUGGUGGUAGCAGUGGUCAACGAGAUUGCUUCUGCUGCAAAGAGCAAGCUAUGAUUUAUUUUGUCAAUUUUGUUUUACGGCGCAGUUUCAUGAUAGAGCAGAGUACGACAUAUAAAGAUGGGAACGCAAGCAUUUGGUUUAACUUGGGAAGUUUGGAGUCUUUAAGUCGGUCACAUAGACGGCAAAGGCAGCGCUGUGGCUUGCUUGAAUCGUGGGAUUGUAUAUGGACCGGGCGUAUUGAAAAGGGAUCACAUACAUUCUUAAUUAAAAGUAGUUUGUGUUUUAGCAUUAUUUGUUCAUGUUCCUUCUACAGGUCUGGAAGAGACAUUCCUGUAACUCUGUGGUAUGUGAAGCCCGGCAUAGCAU